AUCACCCGGUACUGUCAGUUAAUAACAUAACCUUAAUUUAAUAACUAUAUAUAUGCGUGUUUUUUUUUAGUAUAACUGUAAAUAAACAAUAAACUUUAAUAAUAAUUAAUUUAUCAAUGUAAUUAUUUAUUAUUUACAAUAAAGAGAAAAUAUGAGUGAGUCAAAUGAAUCAAUUGAAAGUGAUCUAAAUGAAUAUGAAAAUGAUAAGGACAAAGAUUUUACACUCGAGGAUUGUCAAAAUGAAAUUGAUAGUGAAGAUUCUUUGGUUUUUGAAAAUGAAGAUUUAAACAUCGACGAAGAUGGUCCUAGUACUUCAACUUCACAAAAAAGUAAAAGACCAUAUUUAAGAGUUAUUGAAAGUGCCAAAGAAUUUACUGGCGCAAUUCUUCCCGGUGGUCAUAGAUUUGAUCGUAAAUUAAUUUGCAUUAAAUAUCCGGGAAAUGUAAUAAAUCCUGACAAUGCAAUCAAAACACUAGGAGGACUUAAUGGAAUAUCAAAGGCAGUUGAUGUAAAUAAUAGACGAUUAGAAUUGCGAUUUAGACCAGAAGAUGGUUACAGUAAACCAGCAUGUGGCGAUAGAAAUAAUACAUGUGGUUUUUUAUUACGUGUGAGAGUAAAAAAAUCGAGAGCCGUUCAAGUAAAUGAUAAUGAAUUAUUACAACAAACUAAUACACAAAAUACUAGAAAACAUAGUAAUGUAAAUAAUUCCGAUAACGAUGAGAAUAAUAAAAAUAAUCCUUAUGGUGCACCAGAAAAUAUUCCACCUGCUUUCGAUAGACAAAAAUAUGAAAAUUUAUCUUCCGAUCAAAAUUAUCAAUUGCCAAAGUUAAAAGUUUUAGGACGAGUCGACACGGAAUUUAAAUUCACAAAUUUAUGCGAUUUUCAAUAUUUGCCAAUAACAAAAAAUCCACAAACAAACGAGGAGGAAUGUAUAUACAAUAAAAUUUAUCCAAUGGACAUACCACGUUUUAAAUGGUUAGACGUUGAUGUGCCAUAUUUUUUACCACCGGCAGCAUUCAGUAGAAUGGUCAGCGUUCAACAGUAUGUGCCAAAAACUGUUUUAGAUUCAGAGCCAAUGAAUGUUAUUGGAAAAACGAGAAAACGACGUCAUGGAUUUACGAAUUUUGUUAAUUUCACUGAUCCUGAAGUUCCAUUUAAACCACCAAUUGGCAUUGAUACGGCAAUGAGAGUGAAAUUUUUACAAAAUUUUCAUUUGGAAAAAAUUGAAAAAUUAUUCCAAGAACGUCCAGUAUGGUCAAAAAAUGCAUUAAUGCAUAAAACAAAUUUCACUAGUGAUCAAUUAAAAAUUUUAUUGCCCUCAGUUGCUUAUUAUUUUCUCACUGGUCCAUGGCGUGUUAUGUGGGUGAAACUUGGUUACGAUCCAAGAAAAGAUUCAACUGCAAGGAAAUAUCAAACUUUGGACUAUCGACUAAAAGCAAUGCAUGGUUUGGGAGCCACUGUCAAAUGUAAAAGAAAUUAUUCCGAAUAUAAUUUGCCAUACAAAUCGACUCCAGUUUCCAAGCAAAAAACAACGAUUCUCUCACCAAAUUUUAGUCAAGAGACACUAAAGAAAAAACGCAAUUUAAACGAAAAUGUUUAUAUCUAUAAAGAAGGUGUCAUUCCUCCCUCUCGACAGAUGUUUUAUAUGUAUUGCGACAUUCAUGUGGAAGAAAUUCAAGAAAUGUUAAGAAAACUUCCAAAACCCUUGGCUGGAACGAAAUGUGACAUAAAAUUAGGCUGGUUACCUAGUGGUUUUGAUGCACAAUGUCGAGAAAUAAUCAAUCGACAAAUUCGUGCCGAACUCCGUAAACAAAAUAACAUUCCAGAAGAUCAUCCAACAUCAUUACCGCGACGAAAGAAAUUUUCAAAUCGAAAAAUGACUUCUGAUAAUAAACGUAAACCAAUGGUGAGACGAAAGGCAAAUUUGCAAAUUAUUAAUUCACCAAAUGACUCAGAACCAGAAUCAGUUGAAUCAUUUGGUGGUGAUGAACCUGUAAGCGAUGACAUAUCAAUCGCUGCUAAUGACAACGAAUAAUUUUAG